CAAUUCAUCGUCAUGGACCUCCUCUUCCUAGAGAAAGUUCUCAUCUCUCUUUUCUUCACCAUCAUCUUUGCUAUCUUAGUCUCUAAACUUCGUGGCAAGCGCUUUAAACUCCCCCCUGGCCCCCUUCCCAUCCCUGUUUUCGGCAACUGGCUCCAAGUCGGCGAUGACUUGAACCACCGCAACCUGACAGACUUAGCCAAGAAGUUCGGUGACAUCUUCUUGCUCCGGAUGGGACAACGUAACCUCGUGGUUGUCUCUUCCCCAGAGCUAGCCAAAGAAGUUUUGCACACCCAAGGAGUUGAGUUCGGUUCCAGGACAAGGAAUGUCGUGUUUGAUAUCUUCACGGGGAAAGGACAGGACAUGGUUUUCACCGUGUACGGUGAGCACUGGCGCAAGAUGAGAAGGAUCAUGACCGUCCCUUUCUUCACCAACAAGGUCGUGCAACAGUACAGACAUGGAUGGGAAGCCGAGGUUGCCAGUGUGGUUGAAGACGUGAAGAAGAACCCAGAAGCGGCCACCAAUGGGAUUGUUUUAAGGAGGAGAUUGCAGCUCAUGAUGUACAAUAACAUGUAUAGGAUCAUGUUUGAUAGGAGGUUUGAAAGUGAGGAUGAUCCUUUGUUUGUUAAGCUCAAGGCUUUGAAUGGAGAAAGGAGCAGAUUAGCACAAAGCUUUGAGUACAACUAUGGUGAUUUUAUCCCCAUUUUGAGGCCAUUCUUGAGAGGGUAUUUGAAGUUAUGCAAGGAAGUGAAGGAAAUGAGAUUGCAGCUUUUCAGGGACCAUUUCCUUGAGGAGAGGAAGAAGCUUGCAAGCACAAAAAGAACUGACAACAAUGCUUUGAAAUGUGCCAUUGAUCACAUUCUUGAUGCUCAACAGAAGGGAGAAAUCAAUGAAGACAAUGUUCUUUACAUUGUUGAGAAUAUCAAUGUUGCUGCUAUUGAAACAACCUUAUGGUCAAUUGAAUGGGGCAUUGCUGAGCUUGUGAACCAUCCAGAGAUCCAGCAGAAACUCCGCAACGAAAUCGACACCGUACUAGGACCCGGUGUGCAGGUUACCGAACCCGACACCCAUAAGCUUCCAUAUCUGCAGGCAGUGAUCAAGGAGACACUCAGGCUCCGAAUGGCCAUCCCUCUACUAGUCCCACACAUGAACCUCCAUGAUGCAAAGCUUGGUGGGUAUGACAUCCCUGCAGAGAGUAAGAUCCUUGUGAAUGCAUGGUGGUUAGCCAACAACCCGGCUCACUGGAAGAACCCAGAAGAGUUCCGGCCCGAAAGGUUUUUCGAGGAGGAAUCGAAGGUAGAAGCAAAUGGGAAUGACUUCAGGUAUCUUCCAUUUGGUGUUGGAAGGAGGAGCUGUCCAGGGAUUAUUUUGGCACUGCCAAUCCUAGGGAUCACAUUGGGACGUUUGGUGCAGAAUUUUGAGCUAUUGCCUCCAAAGGGGCAGUCUAAGCUUGAUACAUCGGAGAAAGGUGGACAGUUCAGUCUGCAUAUUCUGAAGCAUUCAACCAUUGUUGCAAAGCCAAGGAUGAUUUGAUUUAACAAGUCUUUCGAAAAUAUGAACUUGCAUUUAGCUUUGUUGGGUAUUAAUUUGUAAGAUCCAUGCAUGCACGCAUUGUUUGAUAAAAUCAAUCUCUUCAUAAAGCUUUUAUGUGUUGAUAUUUUAGUUUUCAUGGUGUGGAAACACAGACCCGAUCAUGGUCAAAUAUGUUUUGGAGAUGAGCAUCAAUUGGUUCAGUUCUAUAAUUUGAUUACUAA